AUGUUCCCUCGGGAAGUCAUCCUUGGCUCUGUUAGAGUUCCUAUCUAUUGUUCCUUCGGGAAGUCAUCCUUGGCUCUGUUGAAGUUUCCUUUCGAAUUCCCUCGGGAAGUCAUCCUCAGCUCAGUUACGUUUCAAAUUCCCUCGGGAAGUCAUCCUCGGCUGAGUUACAUUUCGAAUUCCUUCGGAAAGUCAUCCUCGGCUCUGUUGAAGUUUCCUUUUUCUAGUUGUUAA